AUGGUGGGUGUGGUGGCGUGCGGCUCAGUGAGCUCCAUCAAAGCUCUGUGGGAGACGAGGAUCAAGAAGAUCAAACAGGAAGAUGAGGAGCAGAAGAGCAGGCAGGCUCGGGGCGGGGCCACAGGCAGGUGAGGCUCCACCCCCUUAUCCAGGAACACAUCUUAUUGGUUAAGACAACAGGAAGUGAACCCUUAUCUGUAUGGUGGUGUUUACAGUCAUAAUCAGAGUCUGCUGCACCUGUUUGCGCAAAGCUAAACUAAGCUAAGUUCUUUCAAGAGUGGGGGACUCUAAAGGACUCAGGUCUGACUGUCUGGUCUGUAAGGUCUUCUGUGGUUCUGGUUCAGGUUGAGUGUUGGUGUCUGGGAGGACCGGGCGGUUUUGGCUCGACUAAAACAAAAGCUGCAGACCGAGGACGGACGUCUGAUCCUUCGAAUCGAACAUGAAGAGUGGAAGGUAAGGACCAGAGAGGUGGUCUUGUGGGUCCUGGUCUUCAGGAUCCCUGGUUUCUGCUGUAGUUGAACCUUAACGGUUAUACUUGUAUCUUCUGCCCCCUCUUCCUCCAGUCUUUUCCAGGCUGUCUGGUCCAGCUCAGCAAUGUCCAGGAGUGGCAGAUUCACCGGACUGGACUCCUGAAGAUCCCUCACUUCAUCUCCAGCUUCCAGAACCUUUUGGUUCUUGACCUGUCUCGUAACGGAGUCACAGAGAUCCCCAAACAGAUCGGUCAGUAAAAUUCAGUCGCUCCUGGUGAGUUCAAGAGUUUGAGGGUUCAUGUCCUGGUGUUUGAGAUGAGGGUCUGGUCUGUCUCUAACCCCCGAUCUCCACCUUCAUCCUGAUCGUCUCCUAAAAGGUCGUAUCCUCCGAUCGUAGCUGAUCGUAACCAUUCAAUUUAACGUGUCAAUUUACACCGACUUCUUUCCGUUCCUCUGUGGAUCGCCGGACUCCUCAGCUGAUCACAAGAGUUCUAUUUUUUCCGGACGCCGGAGCAUGGCGGAUAAAUUCAGCACAGAUUAACCCGUGCUGGAAAGGAAGUCGGGCACAGACACAAAAUAAAACAUCCGGCUUCUUUUCAAAAUAAAACACUCCGUGUUUCAGGAGGAUCGUAUUUCACACCAUGCAAACGGGCGGAGACGAACAAGUGAAAGGUUUGUAGACGUCAUUUCACCCCAAUGACACCAUGGAUGAGGAGAUGCUGAUUCUAGAAGUCUAGAAGUAGAUUUCCUCCUCUGGAAGGAUCUACUGCUUAUAUGUCUAUGUGUCUGUCUUUAGAGAGACAACUUGUUUUCGUGUGAUUGAACGUGAAUCUGCGGGUUCUUGUGAGUUCUCCUGAUUACCGCUGUCUGUAAUCCGCCACAAAAUCUGUCUCACAAACGGAUCCGGUAGGAAUCGGCGUAUGGCGAAAGUUGUUGCCGUUCUGGAUGCAGAGGAAAUCCUGGGUAACGGGCAAAACCCACAUGAUCCGGAACGGCUCUGCUCCACUAAGUAAUGUGAGGGAUUCCACAGAAUCCGUCCGCUGUCUGGUUCUGCUGCAGAUCAGCUCCACCUGCCGGUCCAGAGCGGAGCAGAACCGUUCCGGAUCCAGUGGAAUCCCCGGGUAAGUCCUCUCUUGUCCUGGUUCUGGUCUCAGGGAAGCUGACCCGGCUCAGAGAGCUCCUGCUGAGCUGCAACAGAGUCCGGUUUGUUCCUGAAGAGCUGAGCGGCUGUGAGAGUCUGGAGAGGCUGGAGCUGGCCAUGAACCACGACCUGAACCAGCUACCUGACCAGGUACAGACCACCAGCUCAGACUGUCCUACACCAGGUACAGGUCUGUAGAUCUAUAUCUGGUGGUUCUGAUCUCUGUUCCCUGAAUCCAGCUGCAGAACCUGAAGAACCUGAGCCACCUGGACCUCUCCAUGAACGACUUCACCUGCAUGCCCGACUGUGUGGUCGCUCUGCCCGCGCUCGAGUGGCUGGACAUGGCAGGAAACCGGCUGCAGCACCUACCUGAGGACAUGCACAGGUGAGUGGAGGAGAGAGCAUGUGUGCCCCGCCCCCUUUCUACCAUCAGCCAAUCAGCAGUGAGACGUUUCUGUGCUCAGGAUGGAGAAGCUUCACACUCUGUGGCUGCAGAGGAACGAGCUGGAGAGACUCCCCGACAGCAUCAGCAGGAUGGCCAGUCUGGAUACUCUGGUCCUCAGCAGCAACAGACUGAGAGACAUCCCCCCUCUGAUGGAGGACAUGUCCAACCUCAGGUCCUGAAUGUCCUUCCAGUUGACCGAUAUCCAGAUGUCUCCCUCCAGAUUCACUCAUGUCCACGAUUCACCCGCAGGUUUGUGAACUUCCGGGACAACCCUCUGACUCUGGACGUGACGCUGCCGAUCAGGAGGACCGAGACUGAAGACGGGGAGGACGACGAAGAGGACGACGACAGAGAGAUGUUUGGACGAGAGUUCAUGCACAUGUACAUCCGGGAGGCCAGGAAGCGAGCGUACGCCGUCCUCAACAUGCACUGUGUCAACCGUUAGUAUCAGCAGAGACACGCAGAGACAAUAACCCUCAUCCCUAAACCCUCAUCUAACCCUGUUUGGACUUCACUGAGACACUUAAACUCUGUGUGUCCCCUCAUGGAUCAUAACCGCUGUAACCAACAUGCUUUUACUGCGACAUGACGUCUGCUUUGAAGGCUGAAUGAUCCACUUUCAUCCUCCUCUAAGUUCAGUUUUUAAAGGAGUUUUGAUAAUUAUUGUUCUUGUCCCUCUGAUAUCUUCACAUCCCUCAGCAGCUUCACGUGGUUUACAGGUCAACAAACUCUGGACAUUAACAUUAUUUCAGAGCCGCUGUCCCUUUAAGCCCCCCCAGCAUUCCAGAACCCAGUAUUCUGGAAGCCUCCUUCACUGUUGCCGUGCAACAAAGUUGUUUCUUUUUAUAAAAUGACAAAUUUGACCUUUUAAGGAGAUUAACGCUGCGUUCCAGUUGUACUCGGAAGUCAGGAUUUGCGAGCUCUGAGUCGGGAAUUCAUCUGAAACGCCCCCCCUGAAGUCGGAUUUCCAACGACAACAUCAAAAUCUGUUUUUGUUAAAUUAAAUAAGUGGUAAAUCCUGUUCUGCCCAACGUCUAACUGUGAACACUGAUCUGUGGUGUUUGUGUAGAAUACUGUGUUGUGCGUUGUUUACAACUGGUAUAGCUAACAACAACCAACAACAGCUGACAAUCGCAAAAAAAAACAGCUAACAACGGCUAACUUUAAAUGGCCAUCCUGGUUUUCCAACUUGUUAACUGGAACACCGUCAACUCGGGUCUAACGUCAUUCCCAGCUCCAACAUCUGACUUCUGAGGUAACUCGCACGCAGCAUCAGAUGUCGGAGCUGAAAAUGACGUCACACCUGAGUACCCAGCAAAAUCAGAGACGUAAACAAGAUGGCUACAUCUACGAAAGUUAUUUUAGUGCUUGCCCUGUUCUUGCUUAUAUUUGGACAAGGCAAGUGCUAAAAUUCAGGUCCAGAGAACUGGACCUGGACUUUCACAGUAGAUCGGUUCUUUUGGGUUUGGGUUAGCUGAGUGUUUGUUUUCAGGCGACCUCUGUGAUAUAAAACCUGUUUGUUCAUCUGAUUUAAUCCGUUAAUCUGUAAUCUAUUUCACAAGAGCAGGUCUGAAAUACUCACAAUGAUCUGAUCCUUUAAUCCAGUUAAUCCUGCGGUGACCCUCAGAGGGGCCCAGACCCACAGGUUGGGAAACUCUUAGUUUUCUGCUGUGAACGCUGCAGGUUGUUUAUUCUUGAACAUGAUGGUUUUAAUUUCAGGUGUUUGAUCACUUAAAACUCUAACGAAUUAACCGCCGAUCAUAAUCAUCAUCUCAUUUCAUUUACACUUAAACAGCUGAUUAACUAAAGUUAAAGGGAUAUUCCGGUGUAAAAUUAAUUUAGGGUCAAACACGCCGUAACACCGAGUUAGACGCCCCCUCCAGAGAUGAAUGUUGUGGACCGCUUUCUUCUCUAGUUAUACCAACUUUAGUAACGACCGCAGGAUAGAAAUACAGAGAGCCACGCCCUCAACCAAAACGCCACUCUAUAGCCACAGAUAAUGCUCAGAACAGCACCUAACUUCAUCAACAGGACAUAUAGGGUCACAGACAUAGUACUAGACACCAAACAUCUUUUUAACUUUGACUCAUUUCUUUAGCAAAGAGACUAAACACAACUCACCUACUCUCUUCCAGCAGACGGACUACAGCGGGUGCCGCAGCUCAAGGAAGAACAUUUAUGAUCAUUUCUUCAUGGAAAUACAAUCAGACCGAGACGAUAAGACAGAAGAACUACCGCGUCUGAAAAUGAUUAAUAUGAUGAUUAUUACUUCAAGAAAAUGAUAAAGAAAUGAUCGUAAAUGUUCUUCCUUGAGCUGCGGCACCCCGCUGUUGUCCGUAAUGAACUGGUCUGAGGUCUCACUACAAACAAGCGUCUGCUGGAAGAGAGUAGGUGAGUUGUGUUUAGUCUCUUUGUUAAAGAAAUGAGUCAAAGUUAAAAAGAUGUUUGGUGUCUAGUACUAUGUCUGGGACCCUAUACCUGAGUAGAGCAUGGUGUGAUUCUCUUUAGUAACAGAACCUCAUUGGAAAAUUAGCUGAUUUAACUUUACUGUGCUCUUGUUCAAAUAUAUUAACUCGACAGCACAUAAAUCCAUACCUGUUAACAAAAUCAUGAUUUUAUUGAUAAUUCGGCUCAAUAAAAACACCUUUACCUUUUCAUUUUACUACAGUAGAAGUUUAUUGGCCCAGCUUAUAGACUACAGAAGUGGAGAAACGCCCCCGCUUAAGUUUAUGUUUUCUUAGGAGUUAGAACAACUCUGAAUAUAGUACUAUGUCUGUGACCCUAUAUGUCCUGUUGAUGAAGUUAGGUGCUGUUCUGAGCAUUAUUUGUGGCUAUAGAGUGGCGUUUUGGUUGGGGGCGUGGCUCUCUGUAUUUCUAUCCUGCGGUCGUUACUAAAGUUGGUAUAACUAGAGAAGGAAGCGGUCGACAACAUUCAUCUCUGGAGUGGGGGGUCUAACUCGGUGUUACGGUGUGUUUGACCCUAAAUUAAUUUUACAACAGAAUAUCCCUUUAAAUUGAUGAACUGACGUCAUGUUUCUGUUUCAGAGCCGACCGACGAGCCCUCAGAACAAAAAUGA